UUCAUUUCCAUAUGACACCGCCUAAUCAAAACCGUUAACUAACCGCCCCUGCCAUUUUUCCAUUUCCACAGUUGGAAUUUCAUUUUCUUCGCCGAUUUGCUUAACGGCCAAACGCAGCUUUAAAUCCACAUGGCGAAGCCCGAAAUUGAGAAGAAGAAGAAGAAGAAGAAGAAGAAGAAGAAGAAGAAGAAGAAGAAGAAGAAGAAGAAGAAGAAGAAGAAGAAGAAGAAGAAGAAGAAGAACAGUUUUAGAAUUCAAUACGCAUGGUUUAUUGGUGCUUUAAUUGUUGUACUCUUCGCUGUUCUCCUUAAUACCACCAAAUUCCGCACGUUCCAUCCCUUCAGUAACACUGGCAAAAGAUGCAACUGUUCUCAGGGGGCAGGCAAAUAUAGUAGGGUUGUGGAAGAUUGUUGUUAUGACUACGACACCGUGAAUCAUCUUAACAAGGAAGUAUUACAUCCAUCGCUCCAAGAACUUGUUAAAACACCAUUCUUCAGAUAUUUCAAGGUUAAGUUGUGGUGUGAUUGUCCAUUCUGGCCAGAUGAUGGAAUGUGCCAUUUACGAGACUGCAGUGUUUGUGAAUGCCCAGAAAAUGAAUUUCCUGAGCCAUUUAAGGCGCAGAGUUAUCGACUUUCUUCAAGUAAUCUAGUCUGUCUAGAAGAAAACCCUGAGGCAGCUGUUGAUCGUACAAUAGAUUCCAAAGCAUUCAAAGGCUGGGUGGAAGUGGACAACCCAUGGACGAAUGAUGAUGAGACAGAUAAUGCUGAAAUGACAUAUGUUAAUCUCCAGUUGAACCCUGAGCGCUACACUGGGUACAGUGGUCCAUCUGCUAGAAGAAUAUGGGAUGCUAUUUAUGUAGAAAACUGCCCUAAAUAUCCAUCUGGAGAGAUUUGCCCGGAGAAAAAAAUAUUGUAUAAAUUAAUAUCUGGCCUCCACUCCUCAAUUUCUAUUCAUAUAGCUGCUGAUUACUUGCUUGACGAAGCAUCAAACACGUGGGGACAGAAUCUUACGUUGAUGUAUGACCGCGUCUUACAAUUCCCAGACCGUGCCAAUAACUUAUACUUCACUUUCCUGUUUUUGCUCCGCGCUGUUACCAAAGCAGCAGACUACUUGGACCAGGCUUCAUAUGAUACUGGAAACCCUGAGGAUGAUCUAAAGACACAAUCUUGGAUGAAACAAUUGGUUUACAAUCCCAAGCUGCAAGCUGCAUGUCCUUUACCUUUCGAUGAAGCGAGGCUAUGGAAAGGUCAAAGCGAGCCUGACCUGAUGCAGCAAAUUCAGACGCAGUUCAGAAACAUCAGUGCAUUGAUGGACUGCAUUGGAUGUGAAAAAUGUCGUCUUUGGGGAAAGCUUCAGGUUCUUGGUCUUGGUACAGCGUUAAAGAUCCUAUUCUCUGUCAAUGGUCCAGAACGUUUAGGUGAAACUCUGCAUUUUCAACGGAAUGAAGUUAUAGCAUUGAUUAACUUACUGAAUCGUCUUUCAGAAUCUGUUAUGCUUGUACAUGAAAUGGGGCCCUCGCUCGAAAAUGUUAUGAGAACACAAAUUUCUACACCUAGUGAUCAACCAUUGAUGACUGGGGGGGCAUACUAAUGUAUAGUUAUCAUAGUGGAGGCAACUUCGGUUGCACAUUAUGCUGUUUUGCUACUACUGUGUAUGAGGAAAAUAUAAGUUUAACAACAGAAACUAUUAGUAUUUGCGGCAGAGCUGUCUUCCCUAUAUCCAAGCUAGAGAUAGAAGUUGCCUCCUGUAUCGACAAGAACAAGAAGUUCGACUUUCCAACAAUCCCUAUUGAAGGUGGAGCUUCUUUUUCUUUUUUUGGUUGGGGAUGUUUUGUAGCCAGGAUGUACAAGCUGAUUUCUGUCUUUUUCCCUUUCUUUUUUUCCCUUUCUGUGAGAAUGAUUGAUCUUGUACACAUCAAGUCCAUAGAAACAUAUGUAAAAUGUAAUCCUUUCAAUUUUUAGUUCAACGUAUUGCAGUUCUAAUGCUACA